AUGUCUCGACCGUAUGACAAUGCCAAUAUUGAGCAGCUCCAACGCGACGCCGAUGAAUGUUUACUUACCUACGGGACCGACUUCCACCCUGAGAUCAUUACCUCUACUAAGGGCAUCUAUGUUGAGACAGCCUCUGGUCAUCGGAUGAUGGACUUCACGUCUGGUCAGAUGAGCACUUUGAUAGGCCAUGGUCAUCCCGAAGUUGUGAAGGUGGUAAAUGACCACGCGCAACACCUUGACCACCUCUUCAGUGGCAUGAUUAGCCCUCCAGUCAUUAACCUUGCGAAACGACUUACUGAUGUUGCACCCGCUGGUCUCGAUAAAGCGUUCUUUUUGAGCACUGGAGGGGAGAGCAACGAAGCGGCUAUCCGUUUAGCCAAGUUUUACACUGGGAAAUUCGAGAUUGUUGGUCUGGCAGCAUCCUGGCAUGGUAUGACUGGCGCAUCGCUCGGUGCUCAGUAUCAUGCUGGUUAUGGACCUAACAUGGCCGGCAAUCUUGCGCUUCCGACUCCUAAUGCGUACCGUUCGAUCUUCAGAAAUCCAGACGGAACAUAUGACUGGGCGACUGAGCUGGACUAUGGCUUUGACCUUUUGGACAAGCAGUCUUGCGGAUCACUUGCAGCAGUCAUUGUUGAGCCUAUAUUAUCGAGUGGUGGCAUGUUGGAGCUUCCACCCGGGUAUCUGAAGGCCUUGAAGAAGCAUUGUGAGGCGAGGAGUAUGUUACUCAUCGUCGACGAGGCGCAAACAGCACUUGGCAGAGCAGGAGAUAUGUUUGCCUUUGCACAUCAUCCCGAAGAUGAGGGUGUGGUUCCUGACAUUCUCACUCUCAGCAAGACGCUUGGAAACGGCAUUCCACUUAGCGCGGUUCUAACAUCGAAUCCCAUCGCUCAGCAUGCCAAAGAAAAUGGCUUCUUGUUCUACACUACACACAUCAACGAUCCUCUACCAGCAGCUGUAGGCGACAAAGUCCUCGAAAUCGUCAUCAGAGAUGACCUGUGUGCUCGCUCUAAGAGGCUCGGAAUCAAGCUUCAAGCUGGUCUCAGACACCUUCAGUCACGAUAUGGCUGCAUCGGUGACGUUCGUGGUCGUGGUCUCAUGGCGGGAGUUGAGAUUGUUGCCGACAGGAAGACGAAAGUUGGGGCCCCGGAAGUGGGUAGGGCAGUAUCAAACAAGAUGAUGGAAAUGGGGCUGUGGUCUCAACUGGCCACUAUGGCAUCGUUUGGUGGGGUCUUUCGGGUUGCGCCUCCAAUCACUGUCACAGAAGAGCAGCUCGAUCUCGCGUUGUCAAUCAUUGAGGAGGCUCUGAGAAUGACUCCUGGCACAAUGCCGCUAUAUACGGAUAAUUUGUCUGUCGUUGCACAGCUCUGA